AUGAGUCUUUCAGACAAUGAACUACGACAAUUGAAAUCUGAAGUCAUAGAAAGAGAUUACGAAAUCGAUGCCCUAAACGCAUUCAUUACACGAGAAGCAGAAUUAUCUUCACCAUGCGUCCUCGUCAAUAGCUAUAAACCAGUGGGAAAAACAUAUACGGUAAAGGCAUUUCUCAGGAAACUUGGAGUACGACAUUCAGUUAUCCAAUGUGACGAAUGUGUUUCAAAACAAAUGUUAUUGCACAGGUGUUACAAAAGUAUACUUCAAGACAGUGGAAUCUCAGAAACUGAUUCGAGCUAUAUGCCUACAUUAAAUGAAGGAUUUGCCCAGUUCUUGGCUGCAUUGGAGGAAUUUAUAACAAAAUAUAAUUAUACCGAGCACCAUGUUCUUGUUCUUGAUAGAUUUGACCAGAUAUUUGAAAACUGCGAUUCAGUAUUGCUUGCAUUCAGUCGAUUUAGGGAAUGUUCUAAAGUUCAAAACUUGUCCGUGGUUGCAAUAUUUAGUGGCUCGACACCAAGAGACUUAGUGACUUACUCCAACCCACGAAUAUUCUUUCAGCCAUACAAUGAAGAGCAAAUAAUCAAGAUACUUGAGCAAGGCCAAUUCUGCCAAUUUAAUUUUGACACGGGUGAAAGAAAGGAAAAGGAAGUGGAGUUUUAUAAUCAGUAUGUAAAACUUAUUGUUGAUUCAUUUUUCGACUACACGGGGUCAGAUCUAACAAUGUUGAAAAUGAUCAUUACUAGUCUUUGGGACAAGUUUGUUGAAAAAGUGAGGAUUGGUGAGUAUGGUUUGAAUGAUAUUGUUAAAAUAUACAAAGAGAAUAUGGACGUUUUUACAACAAGAGACAAUUAUAUGACCAAUGCAAAUGUUAAAGAGUAUCGCACGCAGCGCGAUGAGGUUGCCGAUGCGGGGUUUGCAAGCGUGCAAGAUCUUCCACUUCACUCCAAAUUCAUCUUGCUAGCAUCAUACCUCGCGUCGCAUGGAAACCAGAGGAACGAUCUACACAAGUAUUCUAAAGUCAAGGUAGUCAAGUACAAGAAGCGAGCUUCAAGAAAGAAUGUUAAUGGUCAUUUGAACAAGGAGGAUAUAGAUUCACGGUUGUUGACGGCUACUUAUGUCGAUUUGGAAAGAAUUUUGGCCAUCUUAUCAGUUAUAUAUCAACACCUGGCACCGCUGCUAAACCAAUCAGAUAAAGACGACUUGUAUUAUUUGGAUGAUCGAGUGAUUGAAAAUGAGCUCAAAAAGGAACAAGAGAAGCUGAAGUUCACACUCACGAGGAAUAUCGAUUUAAACAGUCAGAUUGCCACUUUGUCUUCACUUGGAUUGUUGAAUAAGACCCAAACGUCGGAUAUCUUGGCUGCAAGAGUGAGGUGGAGGUGCAAUUUAGAUUGGCCUACUGCAGAAGCCAUAGCCAAAAAUGUGAAUUUCCCUAUAUCGGAAUUUUUAAUCGAAGAUUAG